CUCUUAUUGCCUUCAGGAGAGAACUUGCUUCCCUUAACAGAAAGUCACAAUGUCUAUCAAAAAGAUCCAUGCUCGUCAAAUCUUUGACUCCCGUGGAAAACCCACUGUAGAGGUUGACUUGACAACACACAAAGGUCUGUUCCGUGCUGCUGUUCCAAGCGGUGCCUCCACUGGGAUCUAUGAAGCUCUUGAGCUUAGGGACAAUGACAAGACUCGUUACCUGGGAAAAGGUGUCCGUAAAGCAGUUGAUCACAUCAAUAAAACCAUUGCACCAGCCCUGGUUGAGAAGAGUCUAAAUGUUGUGGAUCAGGAAAAAAUAGACAAACUUAUGCUGGAUAUGGAUGGGACCGAGAACAAAUCCAAGUAUGGUGCCAAUGCCAUCCUGGGUGUGUCUCUGGCAGUGUGCAAAGCAGGCGCCGCUGAAAAGGGAGUCCCUCUGUACCGUCACAUUGCCGAUCUGGCUGGGAACCCAGAGGUUGUGCUGCCUGUUCCUGCAUUUAAUGUAAUAAAUGGUGGCUCUCAUGCUGGAAACAAGCUUGCCAUGCAGGAGUUUAUGAUCCUGCCAGUUGGGGCAACCAGCUUCAAGGAGGCCAUGCGUAUCGGAGCAGAGGUCUACCACAACCUGAAGAAUGUAAUCAAGCAAAAGUAUGGACAGGAUGCUACAAAUGUUGGCGAUGAGGGUGGCUUUGCUCCCAACAUCCUGGAAAAUAAGGAAGCACUGGAGCUCCUGAAGACUGCCAUUAACAAGGCUGGAUACACCGAUCAGAUUGUCAUUGGAAUGGAUGUGGCUGCUUCAGAAUUCUACCGUGAUGGAAAGUAUGAUCUGGACUUCAAGUCACCAGAUGACCCCAGCAGAUACAUCACCCCCGAUCAGCUUGGGGAUCUGUACAAGAGCUUUGUGAAGGAUUAUCCAGUUGUGUCCAUUGAAGAUCCUUUUGAUCAGGAUGAUUGGGCUGCCUGGGCAAAGUUCACAGCGUCUACUGGCAUCCAGGUAGUAGGUGAUGACCUUACUGUGACCAAUCCCAAACGUAUUGCAAGGGCAGUGGAAGACAAGGCAUGCAACUGUCUCCUACUAAAGGUCAACCAGAUUGGCACAGUAACAGAAUCACUGCAGGCCUGUAAGCUUGCUCAGUCCAAUGGCUGGGGAGUGAUGGUCAGUCAUCGUUCUGGAGAGACAGAAGACACUUUCAUUGCUGACUUGGUGGUUGGCCUCUGUACCGGACAGAUUAAGACUGGGGCCCCAUGCAGAUCUGAGCGUCUUGCAAAGUACAACCAGUUGCUCAGGAUUGAGGAAGAGCUGGGCAGCAAGGCAGUGUUUGCUGGAAAGAACUUCAGGAAGCCAAUCAUCAACUAAGUGGCUGCAAUCUCAAAUUAAGCACUUAACCACCUGCUGUAGUCACUGCAAACCUAGACACAU